AUGCCCGCCUGGGAGGUCUCCUCGGACGAGGGCCUGGACCGCAUCGCCGCUCGGAUCUCCUGGCAGCAAAGCUACAGGCGAAUGCUCCAGGAGGUGCCUCUGGCCUCGGAGCUGUGGUGGCUGCGCCGCUCCGCGCGUCGCCGCCUGCUGCUGCGCUUGGCCGAGGAGUGCGCCAGCUUCGGCCCCGUGCUGCGGCGGCGCUGCUGCGAGCUCAGGGCCCAGGGGGCCAAGCGCCGCCUCGAGCUGCUGAAGAGCGGUCAGCUGGAGGAGUACGCAGCCGCGGUGCAGGAAACGAAGGACCAGCGGCUCCAGGAGGUGCUGGACGAGACGCAGCGGAUUUUGAGGGACCUGGGCGCCGACGCCUUGGAGCGGCCGGCGGCCGUGCGGCAGCCGGAGACGCUGAGGCAUGGGCAGCUCAUGCCGCACCAGUUGGAGGGCCUGCGGUGGUUGGUCAGGCUCGUGGACAACCAGAUGAGCGGCAUCCUGGCAGAUGACAUGGGCCUGGGGAAGACUGUGCAGAGCCUGGCGCUCUUGGCCCACCUGGCGGAGCGGGGCGAAGGAGGUCCCCACCUGCUGGUUACGCCGGUGAGUACUUUGCAACACUGGUGCGACGAGCUCUUGCAGUGGGCGCCCUCCUUCCGGUUCCUGAUUUACCGGGGCAGCCGUCACCAGCUAGCAGCGGUGGAGAAGGAGACGGUGAGCGCAAUGAACAAGGUCAACCUUGUCAUGACCACCUUUGAGACCAUGGCGAAUCACGACUCCUUCCUGGGCAACUUCCCUUGGCACUGCCUCAUCGUGGACGAGGGCCACCGAAUCAAGAACUUCAAGGCGCACGCCAGCCAGGUGUUGCGCCGACUGCCUUGCCGGCAUCGUCUACUGCUCACGGGGACGCCGAUCCAAAACUCUUUGCGGGAGCUUUGGAGCUUGCUGUCCUUUGUGGCACCUUCCGCCUUCAGCUCCCUCGAAAACUUUGAGCAGUGGUUUGCCCUGCCAGCUCUGCCCGGCGUCAAGCUGACGAGCGCUGAUCAGGAGGAAGAUCCAGGGAUGGAGGUGAGCCAAAUGCUGUCCGAGGAGGAAGAGCUGCUGAUCAUCCAGCGGCUCCAUGGCGUGCUGCGGCCCUUCCUUCUCCGCAGGACCAAGGAGCAGGUCCUAGCAGAUCUGCCUUCCAAGACAGAGGUCGUGAUUUGGGUCCCGCUGACGCGCUGGCAGAAGGCCUUGUACCGAAAGGGCCUGCGAACCAUUCAACGCCUAGCGCGGCGCCCUGGUGAGCUGAGCUGGCUUGUCGUGAGCGAUCCGGGCGUGACGUGA